AUGUCAGAUGACGAGACAGAUAAAGGCUAUAAUGAAUUUAUCAAAGAAUUUGGAUUGAAAUAUAAAUGGGAUAAUGAAGCGCUUAAGCAAUUUGUAUAUGCUUUGCCCAGUGUAAAAAAUCCAAUGUCAUUAUUCCAUGUAUUCCUACAAUCUGAUGCCUUUUAUCUUUCGCAAAUAUUGAGUCUGAUAAAAUUGCCAUAUUGUCUGCAUGAAUUUCGAAGGGAAAUAUGGCCGGAAGGUGAAGAAUCAAUAGUGGAUUACUGUUUAAAGGCGAAGAAAAGUAAUGAUAUCAUUAAACUCUGUAAAGGUCAUUUUAGAAGUGAAUUCUAUAGUGGAUUAACACGAGAAAAUAUGAGAUGUAUUGCAAAAAAUAUUUAUUAUCGUAAAUUGGUAGAAAUGCUUAUUCAGGCGAAAAAAGAAUCAGUGACUGGUAUUAUAACUGGGUUUAAAGAUUAUAUUAGUCAGUCCGAUAUUGCUAAUCUGAAUGGAAUACAAUACUUAUUGAGAGGUAUACAUUAG